UUCUAAAUAGAAAAUUUAAAUUCCCUAUAAUUGAAAUCAGUAUAGUGAGCCGAAAAAGGGUGGGCCUAUAUAAGAGGGCAUCCUUUCCCAAACUGGAAUCAUACUAUCUUCGUCCAUCAGUGAAAGAAACACCAAACAGCCCUACUCUCAAGAUGAAAUUCGCUUUCAUUUUCCUGUCAACUCUGAUGGUCAUGUCUCACCAACAAUUACAAAGGCCAAGAGUUGUGCCUAUGUUGUCCCCCUACACGUCUUUCAUCAGGAAUUAUCACCCAUUGUAUUACGACAAUGCGGAAGACGUGAUGCCGUACGUUCGUUACUCCAGGCCUCUCCGGCCGACCAUCUACUCGAUGGAAAACGAGGGUUUCAAUGGGGGCGUGAUGGCUGUAGAUGAGAGUCACGAUGUGAUGGACGAUGAUAGUCACGAGGAGUUUGCAGACACCCAGUCGAGGAUCAACGGUUUCAAAGGCUUCCAUAAUCAUAACGCCGGGCGAUUUUUCUACGCGAGUACAAUCAACAAUCCUUUCCUGAAGACGGCGACGUUUACCAUCAGUUCGACUGUGACCACCGUUGGCUCCAUCGUACUUUGCGUACCGUCCAACAAUUUGGCCGAUGUGCCGUCACCUACUUGCGCCGGCCGAAAGAGACGGGAGGUGGAAGAUUCCGAACAUUUGCAAUUCCCCAUUGUUCCAUCAGAAACUGUCAAACUGACAUCGACAGCCCUCCCGCAUUUGCAUACGGGAUCGGCAAUAAACGAAACGAUCUCCGACGACUUGGUUUCAUCAAAGGAUGAGUGGAUGGGCACCGUAGAAAUGCCGGAUGAAGAGAACAAGGAUAAAAAUUCGAGAGAGAAACGAUUUUUCGGUGGCGGAUUGGCUGCGUCUACCACCAUGACACAGUAUUUGUUUGUUGGAACGACUUUAACUAGUACGGUUAUUCUAGACCCAACAGGAAAUAACGUGGCUGUUUGUUUACCAGCUGGCUAUGUUGUUUGCGCCUAACAAACUGCCUAUAGCGUUUAUGCGUAAUAACCCCUUGCAUUUUCUUAUCUGCCUUCUGUCUGUUGAUGAGAACUGUGCGUCAGUUUCCAUUCAUUUCUUAUCGGAGUAAUUAUUCUGCUGUUUGAGCUAAUACUUUUCUCUUGAUUCAAUUUGACAUGCAGUUCUAUUUGAAAUAAACUAGUGUUCAAGCAUC